UGGAAUUCCCCGUUUUCGAAUUAGCCUAUGGGCAGAAGGCAUCCAUAAAAUGUUGGUCGAAAUCAUUUUAACCUGAAGAAGUCAGCUGAUUUUGUAAGAUAUAAGAUCCAAAAACAUUUACUUAAAACCCAGCAUAGACCUCGUUGAUUCCUAACGAACACGAUGGGAGCACGUGGUAGUAAGUUAUGGACAUGUUGUCCUCCCAGGAAAAAAGCUAAACCCAAAGAGAGAUUUACACAGCCAUUUCCAGCUCAAGAUGAUUCCGCAACCUCUUCUGAGAAGAUCGCAAUAACAGCAAAAUCAAAAGAGAUAUUCAAGGAAGAUCUUGAACGAUCUGAUCGUGGUGAAGAGAAACAGCGAAAAAAACAAGGGCACCAGGAGGAUGGGAUCAUGCCAAAAGGUUCAACAAUAAUAAUUGACUAUAUGGAAAGCAUGAAUAUUGGAUGUACAUCUUCAACCAAGAAUGUUACCUACAACAUCACAAAUGAACCAAGGAAAGAAAAGCCGCCGAAGCCUAAAGUGAACUUACAUCACAAAGAUAAGAAUGCAGGAGACCAGUUAGGUAAAUUAGUAAGAGACGACGAAGCAACUCUUAUUCUGGAUAUGUUGACAAUAACUGCAAAGUCUGUUGGAAUCAUCCGUGGACCGGGGGGAUGUCAAGGGACUGGUUUUCUUCUAAAGGACGGCAUGGUCAUGACAGCUGCCCAUGUGAUCGAUAACCUCAGAGACCCGACUCAUCCAGGGAACCUGAGAGAAGACUGUACCGAGAAAAAAUUAUCAAUACAAUUUGGAUAUAAGCAGCAAUCAGAUGUCAAAACACAGCCCUUUUUUUUCUUCAUAUCUGAAAUUCCAUAUAUAAGCAUUGAAAUUGAUGUUGUUAUCCUGCAGAUUCGAGUAGAAUCAGAUACGAGUAAUAAACUUCCACGUCCUAUAGAGACCUUUGGUCCUGUGCAAGAAAAUAUGAAAGGUGAAAUGAUUGGUCAUCCUAAUGGGGAACCACAAAGAACAGACCGAAAUAUUGAGCGCUAUGUCCUGUCCCAAGAUAUGUAUGAGAAAGCAAAGCAGUGGAGUAUAGACGGAUAUCGUGAAAAUGGAUAUGAGGGGAUUCAAAAGAAGGGGACAAUAUUGUUUCAUUGCGGAUUUACCCAUGGUGCAUCAGGCAGUCCAGGUGUUUAUACCGAUACCACAAAGAACGAUUGUGAAGUAAUAUGGAUAUUACUGGAAGGUUAUCCUGGGUUUUAUUACAAAAGACUACGAUCUGAAGAGAAAGCCAUAAUUGACAAUAAUUUCCUUAUUGAGCAGGGAAUCACAAUGCAAGCUAUCUGGGAGGACAUGUUUAAGGAAAAAAGAGAACUUUGUGACAAAAUAUUUGGUCACCGUAAUGAACACUUUCAACCAAUACCAGACCCAUCAUCUUCUUUGAGAUUGGCAUCAUGAAAACAAAAUUCACUGCAUUGACUCACUUACUAAAUUGGCACAUUUCAGAAGUUUAUUUCAAUAUUAUAAAUAUAUACAGAGAAUCAAGGUAUUUCAAGAGUUGAAUUCUUGGAUUUAGAAAAUGAAAAUACUGCAUAAAUGACAUAGUUAAAAUCACCUUUACCUGAAACUCUAUUAGAGUCCCAUUCUGACAGAGAAUUGUCGUCAAGCAUCUGACCAGCAUCCGUCUGGCGUCAACUUUUCCUUUCAAAUGACUUCUUCUCAAUAACCAAGAGGCCCAGAGACCCGAUAUUGGCUGAGCCGGCAAUGUCACAUACUGAAGUGAAGGGAUACUAAUUCUGUGCAAAUGAAUAACCUUGACCCUUAAUUCAAAGUCAGGAGUGGGAGAUGG